AUGGCCGGAACUCAGCCGAAAUCCGAGCCUGUCAGGCUCUAUCUCCUUACUUACAACACCAUCUGCACCAUCCUCUGGGCCCGCAUUCUCUUUGCCACCAUCACAACUCUAAUAUCCCCCAACGCCUCAUCAGUCUAUACCCUCGAGCCAUUGACUCGAUGUGCUCAAACCCUGGCUGUGGCUGAGGUGGUCCACGCUGCGACAGGAAUUGUCCGCUCCCCCGUUUUCACAACCUUUACCCAGGUCUUUGCCCGCUCGGUUCAGGUUUGGGCUAUCAAUUAUGCCUUUCCGACCGUCACAGAGCCCUCUGUUGCGUAUGCCGCUAUGCUCCUUGCCUGGGCAAUGGCUGAUACUAUCCGAUAUCUCUAUUUCGCUAUCAUGCUGGCGGAUUUUCCAAUCCCCGGGGUGUUGAAAUGGGCCAGAUACUCCAUGUUUAUUGUUCUUUACCCUAUUGGUAUCGGCAGUGAAUGGUGGCUGAUGUACAACGCGACCACUGUCACGACCAACUGGGCUGUGGCGGGCAUCUUUUACUUCUUCCUGGCUCUUUAUGUGCCUGGAUCGGUAAUGAUGUAUUCGUAUAUGCUGAAGCAGAGACGAAAGGUCUUAGCCCUCAGCGAGCCAAAGAAGGACUAA